AUGUCUGAAAAUACGAUAGUCUUCUACUUGCUCCAUUGUGAAUCUGCCUGGCGGAGAUCGGAAGGUUCCGGGUCGGAGUUCCAAAUAGUGGCAGUAAAUCACCGUAAUGCCACGCCAUAUUUCACUUCCUUUUGCCUGGCGAUCGUGAUAAAUGAGCAAAUAGUUUUUGAAAGUACGAAAGAAGAUGAUAAUUCAAGACGUGACACGAUUGUUCGAAAAAUCUAUCCAAAGUUUUUUAAUACUUUGGAUAUUUUCUCCACCUUAGGAGACCCCGGCUCCAGUCGCAUCAGUGAGCCAUUCCUAUUGGUAACUGACAGGGAUGGAGGAAUCAUUCUUCAAGUUAACAUCCCUUCCGGUUCGACCACCACGCUUCCGCUCGGAGAUGUAGGAAAGCCCUUAGCCCUGGACUACGACCCGCUCACGGACUACGUGUACUGGUCAGAUGACCGGAACGACAAAAUCCACCGGGCUCGUCGUGAUGGAAGUGGCAGGGAGACCAUCUUAGACAUCAACUAUGUCGUUGGCCUGGCGUUGGACCACGCUGGAGGGGAUAUCUACUGGACUGAUUAUGAUGAAAACACCAUCUCUGUAGCAAAGAUGAAUGGAUCGUCAACUAGAACACUAGCCGUCAGCCGUCCUUAUGACCUGGUCCUGGACCCCAAGAAUGGACUCAUGUACUGGGCGGACCGUGGUAAUGACAGAAUUGACCGUGCUGCGAUGGACGGCAGUAACCCAACCACCAUCAUCACGGGCCUGUCUUCUACCCGCGCCGUUACAAUAGACUAUAGAGAGGACCGGCUGUACUACUCUGAUGGGACCCGCAUGUACAGCUCAGACCUGCUGGGUAACGAUAUCCAACAACUGCUCUAUGAAUCCGGGAAGACGGUGCGGGGGAUUGCUGUUGACGAGAACUACGUCUACUGGUCGUCUUCCUG